UCACGUAUGCUCACACCUCCAGCUGGUCUGCAACGGAAAGAUGGCGUCAGUCACGAAUUAUAGUAGCUACAGCCAGGCUGGUGCACAGCAGUCGUACGGAGCAUACACUGCACAACCUUCUCAGGGCUAUGGACAAACUGCCCAGCAGGGAUAUACUCCGCAGGAUUAUGCCUCAUAUGCUCAGCCUGCUGCAGCAACGGAGUCAACCUACAGUCAAGCAGCUCCUUCUGCUGGAGGAUAUGCGCAACAGCAAUACUCAUCCUCCUAUGGACAAGCUGCAGCAACUGCAGUGGCAGCAACACCACCAGCUGCUUAUGGAACACAGCAGGCAGGAGCUUAUAGUCAGCCUGCACAGACUUACGGAGCAAGUAGCUACACUAACUCCACUGCAACCCCUGCUGCCCAGGCCUCCUAUGGCUCUCAGCCUGGAUAUGCUGCCCAACCAGCCUAUACUGGCUACAACCAGCAGGCUGCUGCCUCCGCUCCUCAGAGCUAUAGUGCAAGCAGCCAGCCCACCUAUAACCAGGGAACCUACUCCCAGCCUGGGGCUUACUCUCAGCCUCAGAGUGGGUACCAGGCUCAGCAGCCAGGCUAUGGACAGCAGCAGCAGGGCAGCUAUGGGCAGGGACAGCCCCCUCAGCAGGGCCAACCUGCUUCUUACCCUCAGGGCAACAGCGCAUACGGACAGCCUCAAUACAGCCAGAGUGCACCACAGAAUGAUUACCAGUCAAGUCACUAUAAUAGCUACAAUCAGGGUGGAGGAUACCAAGGGUCACAACGGGGUGGCAGAGAUGGUUAUGAGCGUGGAGGCCCUCGGGGGCGUGGGGGGAUGGGCCGUGGAGGAAUGGGCAUCGCUGGAGACAGAGGGGGCUUCAAUAAGCCUGGUGGAUCCAUGAGGGGUGAAAUGGGAGAGCAGGAUGACUCUGAGAACAGCACCAUCUACAUCACAGGCCUCACAGAGAGUGCCAAUCUAGCAGAGAUGGCUGAAUUCUUUAAGCACUCUGGAACCAUACGGAUAAACCGGCGUUUAAACCAACCAGCCAUAAACAUCUACACAGAUAAAGACUCUGGCAAGCCAAAGGGAGAUGCCACUCUGUCCUAUGAGGAACCUGCAUGUGCCAAAGCUGCUGUUGAAUACUUUGAUGGUAAGGAGUUCCAGGGCAGGAGGUUGAAGGUGUCAAUGGCUCGCCGGAAGCCCAUGAUGGGGGGCAUGAGAGGAAUGCCAAUGAGAGGUGGAAUGGACCGCGGAGGUAUGGGAAGAGGUGGAGAUAGAGGUGGUUUCCCACCUCGUGGUGGUCCUCGAGGUGGAAUGGGCUGGGGCGGGCCUCAAGGAGGUAACGCACAGGCGAGAGCUGGAGACUGGGAAUGCCCUAAACCUGGAUGUGGAAAUCAGAACUUUGCCUGGAGAAUGGAGUGUAACCAAUGUAAAGCUCCAAAACCCGAAGGCCUUGGAGCUCCUCCCUUCCCUCCUGCAGGUGAUCGUGGCAGAGGUGGUAUGGGAAUGAGAGGUGGUAGAGGAAUGGAUCGUGGGGGCAUGCGUGGAGGCUGGGGAGGAGAUCGUGGAGGCUUCAGAGGUGGCCGUGGUGGAAUGGACAGGGGGGGUUUCAGAGGUGGUAGCAGGGGUGGUCCUCCCAUGGACAGAGGGGGCAGGAGAGGCAUGGGACCUCCAGGCAAGGAUAUGAGGGAUCAUCGUCAGGAGCGCAGAGACAGACCCUACUGAGUUAUUGCAUCAAGCAAAGAGGAAAUGCAUAAAAUAGAGGAAUGCUUUUAAAGUCCUUUUAUUUAUGAUUCCAUAUUUAUAAAUGGAUUUCUUUUUGCUUGUUUUUUAUUUUACAGUACCACAUUAUGGUUUUAGUUAACUUGUUUUUUUUUUUUUUAUUUUAUUUUUUUGUGUAUGCUAUUUUGGCACUUUUUUUUUUUUUUAAAGCUCCGUUCCCCGUUGUCACCAUUUUUGGGGGGUCUGUCUAACCUGUGUCUGUUACCAUGUACUUUGAACCAUUUUUAAAAAAAAAAAUAAACUUUUUUUCCCACCAGUUUUGCUGCUUGUGAGAUGGUUUUCACUUUUACUGGAGUUGCCAGCAAGUCAUUGCUUCUGUUCUGUUCAAAAUGUGACAUUUACAGUCGUGCGUGCCGAGGUGUUACCGAAGUUACUGUUAAAGUUGAUAUCUUUGAUGCCCAUCUCUCAGAGAUAUUGUGCAAGUAUACUUUUAUUUUUUUAUUACAUGAUUUGCAACAAACUACGAAGACGGCGCGGCCACGACAAAUACAUGGAGAGAGAUUGGAGUUUAUUAAAAUGAAAGGGGCCUAUGGAGUUUCCUUUGUGUCUUUAUUAUUCAAUCAAACAUACUGUGUUUGAGAGUAAAAUUAAUUAUUUUGUAAUUAAAAAAAAUAAGAGUGCAAAAAAGUUCUAAAUGCUCAAAAAUAA